AUGAUAAACAAAAUAAAGGGCAUAUUCCGCGUGUUAUACAACUAUGUUACUCUUUUAUUAGUUUAUGGGCUAAUUAUUCAAGCAAAUUAUUUAUGUUUCAAAUGUGCACUAACUUUUUCGACAAAAAUAAGAAUAGUAUGUUUAAUCUCAUUUGGAUUUACAACAUGUAUGACUUUAUGGUGUCAUAUAAAAUGUCUUUUAAAAAAUCCAGGGUAUUUGAAUAAAUCUGAUUUUCCGGGAAAAAAUAUAAAUAUAUAUGACCAUAAUAUAAGCUAUUGUAAAAAGUGUAAUUUUUCAAAAAUAAAAAGAGCUCACCAUUGCUCAGUUUGUAAUAAGUGUGUAAAAAAAAUGGACCAUCAUUGCACAUGGAUAAAUAAUUGUGUUGGAUUAUAUAAUCAAAAAUUUUUCAUUCUCUUAAAUAUUUACACCUUACUAAUGUGUUGUAAUUCCGCUUUUAUAAUUUUCUAUAAAUUGAUCAUGUGCAUUAAAAAUCGGGUAUACUUUAAAGAUGAAAGUUGCAAUUUCCUUAAACUGGACAUUUUACUUAUCAUAGUCGUUUCUAUAUCUUCAUUAAUAUUUGGGAUACUUUCUUUUGUUAUGCUUGUCGAUCAGUAUUGGGGAAUAAAAACCAAUACAUCAGGUAUUGAAUUUUUAAAAAAUAUAAAAGGAGAAAAUCAGAGUUUUUCUAAAUCAAUUAUAGAAGUCUUUGGCAAAGCAUCAUACACAUGGUUUAUCCCAGUUGAUGCAAAAACCAAGGACAAUUUAGUGGACGAUUUUAAUGAAAAUAAAAAAAAAUAUAAAAAUUUAUGA